GCAUUUCCCAGGCGUCUGUCACAGUCGUAGCAUUGCCAGCUGGCGGCUCCGGUUCCACUGGAGAUUAUCUCUGUUACUAGAUCUUCAGUUUGCUCAAGAAAUCACAAUGUCUCGUUCACGACAACCCCCCCUUGUGACAGGCAUCUCUCCAAAUGAAGGAAUACCAUGGACCAAGGUCACAAUUAGAGGAGAAAACCUGGGAACUGGCCCAACCGACCUCAUAGGUUUGGCAAUUUGUGGACAUAAUUGCCUCCUGACAGCAGAAUGGAUGUCUGCAAGUAAAAUAGUAUGUCGAGUUGGACAAGCCAAAAAUGACAAAGGAGACAUAAUUGUCACAACCAAGUCAGGUGGCAAAGGAACCUCAACUGUCUCUUUCAAGCUACUCAAGCCUGAAAAAAUAGGUAUUUUGGACCAGUCUGCUGUGUGGGUUGAUGAAAUGAAUUAUUAUGAUAUGCGUACCGACAGGAAUAAAGGAAUUCCUCCCUUGUCCCUACGUCCUGCUAAUCCACUUGGCAUUGAGAUUGAAAAAAGUAAAUUUCCCCAGAAGGAAUUGGAAAUGCUGUUUCCUGGAAUGAGUGCUGAUUUUACAAGUGAGAAUUUUUCAGCUGCCUGGUAUCUGAUAGAGAACCACUCAACCACCAGUUUUGAGCAGCUCAAAAUGGCAGUCACCAACCUGAAGAGACAGGCUAACAAGAAGAGUGAGGGCAGCCUGGCUUGUGUGAAAGGGGGUCUUAGUACUUUCUUUGAAGCCCAGGAUGCUCUUGCAGCCAUCCAUCAAAAACUAGAAGCGGAUGGAACGGAAAAAGUAGAAGGAUCCAUGACGCAAAAACUGGAGAAUGUUCUAAACAGAGCAAGUAAUACUGCAGAUACAUUAUUUCAAGAAGUAUUAGGUCGAAAGGACAAGGCAGAUUCCACUAGAAAUGCACUCAAUGUCCUCCAGCGAUUUAAAUUUCUUUUCAACCUUCCUCUAAAUAUUGAAAGGAAUAUUCAAAAGGGUGAUUAUGAUGUGGUCAUUAAUGACUAUGAAAAGGCCAAGUCACUCUUUGGAAAAACAGAGGUGCAAGUUUUCAAGAAAUAUUAUGCUGAAGUAGAAACACGGAUUGAAGCUUUAAGAGAAUUACUUCUGGACAAAUUGCUUGAGACACCAUCGACCUUACAUGACCAGAAACGUUAUAUAAGGUACCUGUCUGACCUUCAUGCACCGGGUGACCCUGCUUGGCAGUGUAUCGGAGCUCAGCACAGAUGGAUCCUUCAGCUCAUGCACAGCUGCAAAGAGGGCUACAUACAAGACCUGAAAGGUACCGCAGGCCUGCACAGUCCCAUGGUGGAUCUGGAUAGCGAUGUUCGUCCCUCAGUGUUGGCCCAUCUUAGUCAGACAGCAUCACUGAAGCGGGGCAGCAGCUUUCAGUCUGGUCGAGAUGACACGUGGAGAUACAAAUCUCCCCACCGGGUAGCAUUUGUUGAAAAAUUGACCAAGCUUGUUUUAAGUCAGCUGCCUAAUUUCUGGAAACUCUGGAUUUCAUAUGUUAAUGGAAGCCUUUUCAGUGAGACUGCUGAGAAGUCAGGCCAGAUUGAAAGAUCAAAGAAUGUCAGGCAAAGACAAAAUGAUUUUAAGAAAAUGAUUCAGGAAGUAAUGCAGAGUCUUGUGAAGCUGAUCCGUGGAGCACUACUCCCACUUAGCAUCCCAGAGGGUGGAGUGAGGCAGUAUGGAGGCUGGGAGGUGAAGUCUGAGCUCUCUGGACAAUGGCUCGCUCAUGUCAUACAGACCAUAAGGCUUACUUAUGAAUCACUGACUGCCCUUGAAAUUCCUAAUGACAUGUUACAGACUAUCCAGGAUCUCAUUUUGGAUCUCCGAGUACGUUGUGUAAUGGUCACAUUGCAACACACAGCGGAAGAAAUAAAGAAAUUAGCUGAAAAGGAAGACUGGAUUGUCGAUAAUGAAGGGUUGACUUCUCUACCAUAUCAGUUUGAACAGUGCAUUGUGCAUUCUCUGCAAUCACUUAAAGGAGUUCUAGACUGCAAGCCUGGAGAAACCAGUGUCUUUCAACAACCUAAAACACAGGAGGAGGUUUGCCAACUAAGCAUCAAUAUCAUGCAGACUUUUAUAUAUUGUCUGGAACAAUUGAGCACCAAGCCUGAUGCAGAUGUAGAUACUACACAUCUUUCCGUUGAUGUUUCUUCUCCUGAUUUAUUUGGAAGUAUUCAUGAAGACUUCAGUUUGACUUCUGAACAACAACUUUUGAUAGUCCUAAGUAAUUGCUGCUACCUACAAUGUCACACCUUCCUAAAUAUAGCAGAACAUUUUGAAAAGCACAACUUUCAAGGAAUAGAAAAAAUAACACAGGUUAGCAUGGCCUCAUUGAAAGAAUUAGACCAAAGACUGUUUGAAAAUUACAUUGAGUUGAAAGCAGAUCCCAUUGUUGGCUCCUUAGAACCUGGAAUUUAUGCAGGCUAUUUUGAUUGGAAAGACUGCCUGCCUCCAACAGGUGUCAGAAACUAUUUAAAAGAAGCAUUGGUAAAUAUAAUUGCAGUGCAUGCAGAGGUGUUCACUAUUUCCAAAGAAUUGGUGCCUCGGGUCCUGUCCAGGGUGGUGGAAGCAGUGUCUGAAGAGCUCAGUAGACUAAUGCAGUGUGUGUCAUCCUUCAGCAAAAAUGGAGCAUUACAGGCGAGGCUUGAAAUCUGUGCGCUGAGGGACACUGUGGCUGUCCACCUGACGCCUGAAAGCAGGUCCAGUUUUAAGCAGGCUCUGGAAGCGCUGCCCCAGCUUUCCAGCGGAGCAGACAAAAAGUUACUGGAAGAGCUGCUGAACAAGUUCAAGAGCAGUAUGCACCUGCAACUCACCUGUUUCCAAGCUGCUUCUUCAGCCUUGAUGAAAACAUAAAUGCCUCCAAACUAAGCACUGAUCCCUGAGAGCCAGGACCACUGUCUGAACUUAAUUGCCAAAGAAGGCUAACAGAGGACUCGUCACAGAGGGAGAAGGAGAACCAAGAAGAAUGGGACCAUAGGGUCACAAAAAUCAAGGGAAGAACAAGAAUCACGGUCAGAAGAAAGAAUCAGAUGUUGUCAGAGUUAAAUAUUACAGAUGUGUCCAAAGAAUGAGUCCUGAGAAGUGUUUGCUAGACUUGGCAUCUAGAACGUCAUAAAUGACCAGAGAGUGGUAAGGAAGAAACCAGAGAAACUUCACACUUUGGACUGGUUCUCUUGACUCACUGCAGGGGCUGCCAAGAGAGCUGCCUUUUCCUUGAAGAAAGUAUUUUGGCCUCAACACAGCAGUGAUUCUCCUGAUGGUCAGACUUUAAGGCUCUUCCUCAGCUUCCUGCUAUUUUUAAAUUAUCUUCCUGGGUAUCUGGUCAAUUCCUGCUGCCCCUGCUUCUUUGUCUAUUGGAAUGACUUAUAAAUAUUUAUAUCCAUCCCUUUCUUUUUUCUAAAGUCUUCCCUUUCAAAGUGCAUCUUAAAUGUAUCUAAUUAAAUGACGGGCUGCUGGAAUCAGGCCUCACCUGGAUGUGUAUCCAAUGUCAGAUGACCAUGGAGUUGUUUUCUGUUCCAUGUUACUUGUGCCCUGCUCCCAGCUGAUCCCAGAAGCCCUUGCAUGAAGUACCAUGUGCGGCAGCCAGUGGCCAUUGGCCUGCCUCAUUGUGGCUACUGCAGGUUCUAGCCCAGCAGCUGUCACCAAGUAAACCCUCAGGGAAUAUUUGUUGAUUGUUACAUAGUAGCAAAUGUGUCACAUUACCUUUUAUAUUUUUUAAUUAAAUAUACACUGAGUGGC